AUCCUUUAUCUAUCUAUCUUGUUGAAAGUUUUAAUAUGAACAUGUAGCGAGCGUGAAUGAAGGCAUCAUUAUGCUCCGUUGAGUACAACUUGGUCAUUGUCAAGAGAUUGACAUGGCAGCUAAAAAUGGGUACUCAAGUGAAAGACGUCUUCAUUAGUCCUGACGCCCCCCACACUCUCCUGCUGGACAAACAUGCAGACUACAUCGCUGCUUAUGGCUCCAAAAAGGAUGACUAUGAGUACACGCUGUCUGAGUACCUGCGAAUGAGCGGCAUCUACUGGGGUCUGACGGUGAUGGACCUGAUGUCCCAGCUGCCGCGCAUGAACCGCCAGGAGAUUGUGGAUUUCAUCACGGCGUGUCAGCACGAAUGCGGCGGCGUUGGCGCCAGCAUUGGCCAUGACCCGCACUUGCUCUACACGCUCAGCGCCGUGCAGAUUCUGUGCUUGUAUGACAGCGUGGACGCACUGGACGUGGACAAAAUUGUGGAGUACGUCAAAGGGCUGCAGCAGGCCGACGGAUCAUUUGCAGGAGAUAAAUGGGGUGAAAUCGACACAAGAUUUUCCUUCUGCGCAGUGGCCACCCUUUCGUUACUGGGCAAGAUGGACGCCAUCGACGUGGACAAGGCGGUGGAGUUCGUCUUGUCCUGUAUGAACUUCGACGGUGGUUUCGGCUGCAGGCCCGGGUCCGAGUCUCACGCCGGUCAGAUUUACUGCUGCACGGGCUUCCUGUCGCUGACAGGUCAGCUGCACCAGCUCAACGCCGACCUGCUAGGCUGGUGGCUCUGUGAGAGGCAGCUGCCGUCAGGCGGCCUCAAUGGGCGGCCCGAGAAGCUUCCGGACGUUUGCUACUCCUGGUGGGUUCUGGCAUCUCUCCGGAUCAUUGGCAAGAUCCACUGGAUCGACAAGGACAAACUGCGCUCCUUCAUCCUGGCCUGCCAAGACGAGGAGACGGGAGGCUUUGCCGACCGACCGGGAGAUAUGGUGGACCCGUUUCACACUCUAUUUGGUAUCGCCGGACUCUCCCUGCUGGGAGAUGAGAAGAUCAAGGCAGUGAAUCCUGUACUGUGCAUGCCCGAGGACGUGUUGCAGAAGCUCGGCCUGAAGCCGGAGCUCCUCAGCUAACCCUCGUAUGUUAAUUUGUUACACUCGCACGGACACACUCCGAAAUUGUCAUCACUAAACAUUCCUGUCUGUGAAACUUAUCAUCAAACAAUAUUGAAAUCCGAUAUCACACAAGGAUUCUCGUUUCCAUCCAUUUCCAAAAACGGC